UCGAUAAACGUUCAUUCGUCCCACCGCCGCCAUAGAGGCCAGGCGUGUUUGUUUACUGUUCAUGUGAUUACAGGAAUGAAAAUACCCGGGAAAGCAAUCAUGGAUAAGGAACACGCCCUUGAGGAGAUGAUGGGGAAGCUUGGUGAUUUCGGGAAGUACCAAGCGUUCCAGUUUUUCCUGCACAUCCUGGCAGCUAUGACAGCUGGACUUCAUAUGCUGUCCUUGGUUACUGUGGCGGCAGUACCAGAGCACAGGUGUUUCCUGUCUGGAAUAGACAGUUCUAAUUAUACGGAAGCCUGGAACUCUUCCUUGGUCCUUGAAGCUAUACCGUUGAAUGAACAUGGAAAACUGGAUUCUUGUAAGGUAUACGGAGAAAAUAAAACCCUAGAGGAAUGCACAUCGUGGGUAUACGAUACACAGUAUUUUACCUCUUCUCGUGGUAUUGAAUGGGAUUUUGUGUGUGGAAGGCGCUGGAUGGGGGCAGCUGCGCAGACGGCGUAUAUGUUUGGCGUCGUCAUUGGAUCAAUUGUUCUCGGUCGGUUAUGUGAUAAAAUUGGACGAAAAACCGUCUUUGUGUGGGCAGGAAUUCUGCAGUUAAUAUUUGCUGCCUCAGUAGCUUUCUCGACCGACUAUUAUAUGUUUGUAACGAUACGAUUUCUAUACGGUAUAUUUGGAUCCGGCUCGUAUAUCGCAGGAUUCGUACUUACUAUGGAACUCGUAGGACCAAGCAGGCGUACGUUGUGUGGUGUCACUUUCCAAAUUAUGUUUGCCAUUGGGAUAAUGCUAAUUGCAGCGUGGGGAUAUCUCAUAGACAAUAGGUUCUAUUUACAAAUUGUCUAUGCAUUGCACGCGGUCAUUCUUUUGCCUCAUUGGUUUUUAAUGGACGAAUCCCCAAGGUGGCUUUGGACGCAAGGCAGAGCCCGGGAAUGCGUUGCUAUAAUUAAAAAGGCUUUGAAAAUGAACAAUUCUUCCGAAACGAUUGACGCGUCGUCACUAGUCUCUCAAUGUAAAGCGAAGAACGCCAAAUAUGCAAAUGAAGAAGCGGCGGGAACUUCUGACCUUUUCAAGUCACCAAAUAUGCUCAAAAAAACUUUGAUAAUUUGCGGUUGUUGGUUUGCGAAUUCAGUUGUUUAUUACGGACUGUCAUUGAACACCGGAAAGUUAAAUGGAAAUCCAUAUUUUAUAUUUUUCCUUAUGGGUGUGGUAGAGAUGCCCAGCUAUGUGAUUAUUAUGCUUUAUUUAGACCGCGUUGGGCACAGAGCGCUUAUAAGUGCAAUGAUGUUAUUUGGAGGAAUUGCUUGCGUUGCUGUUGUGGCCUUGCCGCACGGGUCCAUGGCUGCGACGGUGGUGGUCAUGAUUGGAAAGUUAUUUAUUUCUGGAUCUUAUUCAAUCAUUUACAAAUAUUCGGCUGAGUUAUUCCCUACCGUAAUCCGUAGUUCCGGUGUUGGUUUGGGAAGUAUGUGCGCAAGUGUAUCGGGAGCUUUGACGCCAUUGAUAAGUUUAUUAGACACUUUGAAUCCUAAAAUACCGACAUUUGUUUUUGCGGUGUUAGCUUUAUUAUCAGGGUUUUCGGCAUUUUUCCUUCCCGAGACAAUUGGAAGAGACUUGCCGCAGACAAUAGAAGAUGGAGAAAAGUUUGGCGUCGGUGAUAACUGUUUUACUAAUUGUAGCGGACGACAAAUGAGUGUAGAUUCUAUUGAUGUACCGGAAACCAUGGUACCUUUAGAUGGAGAGAAGAAACAAUAAUCUAAAUCUGCGGAAAUGACACCAGUCAAUACAUUAAAGUUUUCGUAACUGUUUAUUCAAAAUUGCAUCAAAAAUUCAGAAUACUAAUUCAAUUGCGCAGCGGAACAUGUAACAAAUAUACAUGUAACAACUUAUUUUACUGAAUUCAUCAUUUCAUGUAUAGGGCACACUUUGUCGCAAUUCCAGUUUGUCAUUUUUUUGGAAAGCUAUAUGUAUCAUAUUGUUCAUAGGGUGGUUGAUAUAAGUUACGAGCUUAAAAACCGGCAAUAAAUUAAUUAGGUUUAAGUUAUAUUUUAGCGGAACUAGUUAUAAAAACGUAAUGUCAAUAGACAAGUCGAAAUUGGCAUUUAUAUUUUAUUACUAUCUAGUCCUUAUUGAAACAAUUAGACUGGAUUUUAAUGUUAGGUUGUUAUUGACUGUACAACAGCGCCUUGUUGCAGCACCAUGAUUUAUACAUAUUAUAUAGUCUGUGUCAAAUAUUUGAAAGAGAAUUCUGCAAUAUUUUUCAUAUAUUUUUUCCUUUGUCUCAAUAACUAUAAAACGUGAACUAAACAUUUAUUUCAUGUAUAUUUUAAUACGAUACCAUCUUCCACUUUUUAUAAAGAGCCGCUUUAGUGAAUAAUUCGAUCAUUUUCAUGCAUUUUAGCAAGUCUUAUUUAAAUAUUACGAUGCGAUUUACUCAAAACCUUUGUGUUCUGUUCUUGGUACAAUGUUAAAUAGGUUUGACGUAUACUGACGUAAUUAUUGUUUAUUUAGUGAUACAUGUUUGGAUGAAUUUGCUUAAAUGUUUGUACCGUGUAGGCAACGUAUUAAUAUUUAUUGUGUUUUUUUUUUUUAAAUUAAAUGGCAAUUUCUGGGAAAACUUCAUAUGUAAAUUGUGUUUGAAAAAUUUCUCUUUCGCAUGUUAAGUGUUCGAGGUAUUCUAAUGUUACAUAGAAUGUUAAUUUUAAGUGAUUACGACAAACAAUUAAAUAUUUCACUCUUAUGUUCACUUUAGUGCAUAUUUAAGUAUGCUCUAAGUAUCUCUAAUAAUUUCGUACACACACAGGCAAUAUACAAAUAUACUUAAGUAAUACAUGCUUCAUAAAGAAAAUGUUAACUUCUAAUGGGAUUUCACAUUAAAUAUUCAUACUUAGUCACUAGAAUUUGUAUAGUAAAUAAAAAAAAAUCCUAAAUCAAAUAUGUUUAUUAAAAUUUCCGAGUAUAUUCUGUGCUGAGAAUGAAGUAUUGGUGCUAAUUCAUUAUUACGUACUAGGGUAAAACUAGUCAAAUUAAGUCUGAAUUUGCAAUUCAGGAUAUUUGGCGAAUAAUAAUUUAUCGUCACUUCUACUGACAUGAAUUAAAGAUUAAUAAAUAACUUCAUAGUCUGUGCCAACUGUUUGCCAUCCUUUGUGCCUUAUAACUAGUAAGUAUAUGUAAUAAGCUUUUAAUCACAAUUAUUGUUAUGGGUAUUUAAUGAUAGCGGAAACUAUACGUAAAAUACUUUAACCUUCGAUAUUUUUGUUUAUAUUAGGUAUAUACGGUGAGUGUACUUCUUAGAAUUAAAAAAAGAAAAGCCUUAUCACACGCGAAUCUAUGAAUGCAAUAUUGCCAUGUUGGUUAGUCGCUCACGUAUGUAAUUAAGGUUAAUGGACCUAAAAUUUGACUGAAAAACUAAAUUGUAUUUUGUGACAGGGUUGUAGGCUUGCUAAAUUUAUAGGAUUAGGUGAUUUUUAUAUUAGAAAAAAUAAACCUAUUACAAAAAAUAUGCUUUGUUACGUAAACUAUGUAAAGAUUAUCUUAAUAUCUUUUUUACUGUGUCAUAUUUUUUUAUAUUGUUUCCUAAAUAAAGUUUUAAUUAUUA